AUGAAACCAAAAAUACCCACCGCUUCUCUCUUCUUCUUUAUCAUUUCUGCUCAUGCACUACUUCUUGAAGCCUCAAACAAUGCCGAUGAAGUAUUCAAAAUUGAAGAAAACGAAGAGACCCAAAUCAAAAGAUCAGAUUUUCCAUCCGGGUUUCUCUUUGGAGCAGCCACUUCUGCUUACCAAGUUGAAGGAGCCUACCUUGAAGACGCGAAAUCGUUAAGCAACUGGGAUGUAUUUUGUCACACCGUAGGUUGUGGAGAAAAUGGGGAGAAUGGAGACAUUGCAGAUGAUCAUUAUCAUAUGUUCUUGGUUAUGAGAGACAUUGAGUUAAUGCAUUCCCUUGGCAUACAAGCAUACAGAUUUUCAAUAUCUUGGGCUAGAAUUCUUCCAAGAGGAAGGUUUGGUGAAGUUAACCCUGCUGGCAUAAUGUUCUACAACAAGAUCAUAGACAAUCUCAUUCUCAAAGGAAUUGAACCAUUUGUGACGAUUCACCAUGCGGAUCUCCCUCAAGAACUUGAAGACAGAUACCGUUCUUGGCUAAACCCUGCAAUGCAGGAAGAGUUUUUAUAUUUGGCAGAAGUAUGUUUCAAGUCUUUUGGAGACCGAGUGAAGUAUUGGCUCACAAUUAACGAACCUGAACUAAUAGCAGGACUUGCUUACCAAAUGGGGAUUAUUCCACCAUCUCGUUGUUCAGAGCCUUUUGGAAACUGUCUUAGUGGAAAUUCGGAUGUCGAGCCUAUCAUCGCUAAGCACAACAUGUUAUUGGCCCAUGGAAGGGCAGCCAAGCUAUAUCAUGAAUGUUUUCAGCCAAAACAAGGUGGCUCAAUCGGUCUUACUGUUAACUGUAACAUGUAUGAACCACUAACGGAAAGUGAACUUGAUCACCGAGCUGCCAAUGUUGGAGAUCAGAGGGGAUUAAAAGUAUAA